UCCCAGUCAUCUCUUUGGUAGUCCUGCUUUUCUGUGGUACUGCACUGUGAGCUCUGCAGCAGCCGCUGAGCAGAUCAGGAGGAGGAGGAGCUGAGGCUGCUGUCUCAUCAGCCCUAGUCAUUUCUUCUUUAUCUUCUAUUCUACAAAAGCUUUGCAGGGGCUUCGGGGCCUGGCUAUGGAUACUCAAAAAGAAGCUUUGCAGAGGAUCAUCACAACGCUUGCCAACAAAAAUGAUGAAAUACAAAACUUUAUUGACACAUUAAGUCAUGUACUUAAAGGUGUACAGGGAAAUUCUGCCAAGGUCUUGUCUGACUUGGAUGAAGAGUUUGAUGGCCUUUACUCUGUGCUUGAUGAGAUGAAAGAGAGCAUGACUAAUAGAAUCAAGCAGGAACAAGCUCACAAAACACAGGAGCUACAGAAUCAGCUGUCCCAGUGUACAAAUGCCCUGGAGAGUUCAGAGGAGCUAUUAGAAUUUGCUUCACGGACCAUGGACAUAAAGGAGCCUGAGGAAUUCACCAAGGCUGCCAGACAGAUCAAGGAUAGGGUCACAAUGGCUGCAGCUUUUCGUCUAUCGUUGAAACCAAAAGUCAGUGACAACAUGACAUAUCUAAUGGUGGAUUUUUCUCAGGAAAGGCAAACGAUCCAGGGCUUAAAAUUCUUACCAGUGCCUAAAGCACCCGAGAUUGAUCCAGCAGACUGUAUAGUGGCUGACAAUUGUGUGACAGUAUCAUGGCAAAUGCCUGAAGAAGAUAACAAAAUCGACCAUUAUGUUCUGGAAUAUAGGAAAACAAACUACGAUGGACUUCCAAGGGUUAAAGAUGAGAGAUGCUGGGAAACAGUAGAUGAUAUAAAGGGCACAGAAUAUACACUUUCUGGCCCACCCUUUAAAGCAGAGCUCCAUCCAAAAGGGGAGAGAGACACAGUGAAAACAGCUGGGCCGAGCAUAUCGCUGGAUCAUGGGACAGGUUUGAAGUUUGACUCUAAAUAUAUGAACUUUAGAGUACGAGCAUGUAACAAAGCUGUAGCAGGAGAAUACUCAGACCCAGUCACACUGGAAACUAAAGCCCUCAUCUUUGGUCUUGACAACACAUCAUCCCAUCUGAACCUGAAGGUGGAAGACUCGUAUGUAGAAUGGGAUCCAAUGGGUGGUAAAUCUCAAGAAAGCAAAGUCAAAGGAAAGGAGAACAAAGGCAGUGGCCAUGUUACGCUGAAGAACAAUCCCAGAAGUGCAACACCAUCCCCGAAAAGAACUUCCGUUACAUCUAGGCCUCCUGUUAGCAGGGGCAGCAGAGACCGAUUUACAGGAGAGUCUUACACAGUUUUGGGUGAUACAACAAUUGAAAGUGGACAGCAUUACUGGGAAGUUAAAGCUCAGAAGGACUGCAAAUCCUACAGUGUGGGCGUCACAUAUAAGACAAUUGGCAAGUUUGACCAGCUAGGGAAGACCAAUACAAGCUGGUGCUUGCAUGUGAACAACUGGCUACAGACAACAUUUGCUGCAAAACACAACAACAAAGCAAAAGCCUUGGAAGUAGCAGUACCAGAUAAAAUAGGUGUAUACUGUGACUUCGAUGGAGGUCAACUUUCAUUUUAUAAUUCUGAAACAAAGCAAUUACUUCAUAGUUUUAAAACAAAAUUUACACAGCCAGUUGUUCCUGCAUUUAUGGCAUGGUGUGGUGGGAUCACAUUGUACACAGGAUUACAGGUUCCAAGUGCCGUCAGAACUCUUCAAAAGGCUGAAAAUGGAUUGAGCGGCUCAUCUAGUAGUUUAACCAGCAAUGCCCAAUAACAUGGCUCUUUUAACCAACAGGAUGAAAAGUUUGCUCUGACCAGAGUGGAUUGUUAGUUUUUUUUUUAUUUUAUUUAGUGGAAUUACGGUUGCUGUUUACCAAAAUUAGGAGCAAACUAAUCAUUUGGGUUGUUGACCUGCUGCUGCUCUGAAGCUUGCAGUAUUUUUGGUGCCUGACCAUGUGCUGCUCAGAUACAAUGUUAGCAUCUGCUGCAAAUGUUCCAACAAGAGACUGAGUGAACAGAAACUAGGCAGACACAAAAAGAACAAUAUGCCAUGUUAGUAGGUUGUUUUUUUAACCAUGGAUGCAGCCUUGAAUUUAAUUUUUCCACAUCACCACCUCUGUACUUUAAGUGGAUGCAAGUGUUCUGUAGAGCAAUUGUGGUUUUAUAAAAGACUGUCUUUUAAUUUGCUAAAAAUGUAAAUAUCCCCCGACAACUUCAUAACGUGUUUUUAUGAUACAGUGUAUGCAAGUCUUUGAAGUAAUAUUGGGUACAAAAUCAGGUGCUUGUCUUACAAGAAAUACUGUAUAAGUAAGUAUUUAUGGUGUGGGGCCAAAAAGAAGAACUUUUUGGCACGUGUUGGCCAUGUCACUAUAAUUGGGAUUAAUAUAUUAUAUAACACUGCA